AUGGACAGCACUUUACGUUCGCGUGAGACUACUCCAGAGACUCACCCAACUCACGGAGUUUAUUUCUCGCGCGAAACCAUUGUCAGCAUAAUUAAGUCGCUUGUUCCUGGAUGCAGCAUACUAACGAUUGAUCCCCUGGAGCAUGGCAAAUCGUUCAACAAUCGCAUCUAUUUUUUGAAGAUAUAUGUUCCCGAAGAGCUGCGUCUACACGGCCUAAACAGCGGAACGGUCAAUGAUAUGGUUUUGAAAUUGAACGGAAAGUUUUUCGACCAGACCAAAAGCGAAAAUGAGGUGUCCUGCUUGUCGCUUCUCGAAUAUUUCGUGCCCGAAAUUCCAGCACCAAGGGCUCUUGCGUGGUCCGAUAGCAAGAAUUCCCUCGUCCACAAGUUGACUGUCGCCGGGACCCCAGUAAAAAAGGAAUUAGAGAUUCAUUCCGACACCGACGGACAACUUCAGGGCUGGAUCUUGAUGACCCGGCUUCCCGGAAUUCCCUUGUCGACGUUGCAUUUGGAUACAGACAAGCUCAAGGUUGUCGGCGAGCAACUGGCGGAUAUAGUCUACCGCUGGAGAGAGUCGCUCCCUACUUGGGCGAGCGCUGGAAACCUUGCAUGUGGAUUGCCUCAUGGGAAGGACCAAGAUCCAAAUUCAGUAGAAGUUGCUGGUUUGCGCAUUGCGUCUUCUUCAAAUAUGCCUGGUUUUGGUGUCAAAGUUGUUGAGCCUAUCAUAAGCCAGCUUCAGUACUAUCGAGUGAGGCUUGAGACACGGCUCCAGAAGCUUCAGGCACUCGAUAUAUUUGCUGGAAAUAGGCAUUUAAUAGCUCCAAUCAGAGACUUUAUCGCGGUUCGAUUACCGCAGCUCGGAAUAAGCAAUGGGAAAUAUCCUUUCUUAUUCACACACUACGACCUUUCUCCACGCAACGUUUUGAUGUCUGUGGAUCACACGAGGAUCACAGGGAUUAUUGACUUUGAGUUUUCUGGGUUUUUCCCUGAAUUAGAUGACUAUUUUUGCUCCCUCAUUUUCAUUGAUGGUUUCAAGGUUUCAACCUUGAGAGAGGAUUUUCCUGCUGCUUAA